ACCAACAAGGCGCCGCGCCGUGGCAGUUUAUAGUCAUGCCGCACGCACAUAACUUCACGUCACUGAUUACCUCAUUUUAUCUAUUGUCGAUAUAGUAGAGGAUAUGGGAUAAUGAUUCAGUGAAACGUUCUUACUGGUCAGCCUGCUGAUGGCCAUUAUUUGGAGCAAUAUUCAGAUAGGACUGACUUUUAUAAAUUUUUUUUAAAUAUAUGUAUACAACAUCGGAUUGCUCUUUGAUUUUGUUAUGAUUAAUAAACCAGAAUAUAGGUAUGGAUUAAAAUUAUGUAAGAGAUUCAUAUAACAUAGCCUUUAUAGACAAAAAGGCGUCACAGGCUUGACAAUGAAAAGCUGAUUGGAGAAAGUGUUUCAUCGUUUUACAAGGGCAGGUGAAAAUUGGCCUCGUCAUCAAAAAAGAUCUUUCGCGAGAGUGCUGUCUGGGCAAACUUCUUGGGGGCUGGUACGCUCAUCCUCAAAGUGACAUGCAGGAGUCAUUUAGUCAACUCCACAUGGUACAUUAUGGUACUACAGGGCUCUUUAUAGAGCUUUAUGUUGAGGAUUAAUUCAAAAGAAUUUCAUAGUAAUGUUAAACAUUUGCUGUAUUAAGCUGCAAAACACAGCAGUAGAUAGAUGACGAAUAAUCGCUUAUCAUGCACACUCUCGAUCGGAAAAUUAUGUAAUCGCGAGCAAAUGUAGGUCUGACAAUGAAACUUGACCGGCAUAUUUACACAGUAAACAUGAAGUCGUCGAUAAAACAGACACAGCCUUCCCUCACGUUUUAUUCUAUGUUCUUAUUUGUUCAUGUAGAAGUUUUAACGAUUUACACGUGUCACGAUAAACCAACUCAUCGAAUAGAGAUUCUGAUCCUUGCUGAUGCAACCACUUAUCAUCUGGAGGAACAGCUCCGGACGAUGUAUCGGGUUUCAGAACAUAUUGUAUACCGAUUUGUUUCCUUGGUAACGGCUUGUAGCAGGCGCACUUCGCUUUGGUCGAACUGCCACAAAAUCUACAAGUAAAGCCAGUAAGGUCCAAUCAGACCAGAGAAGUCGGUGGACCUGCAAGAAAACAGAAAAAAUUAAAAAAAGGGAAAAUGUUGCACUCGAAGGCAACAGCUGCUCUGUUGAGGUUGAAGGAGAUAGACAAGAAGUAUAAUAUAAAACGUAACGAGGGCACGAGAGUUCAGAGUAACGUCAGCACUGAAAGUUCUCUGGAAAGUUCAUCUAGAAGUUUGCAAGUCAAAUCUAAGACCUUGAAUGACAAAGAAGAUAGUUCAGCUUUAUCAACACCUAAUGCAGAGACGGAAUUUAGAUCCAAGGCAUUUUCUAAAUCCAAGAUGGAGAUUAAGAUUCCAUUCAAUAACAUAAAAGAUGAUGAAUCUUCAAUCAGUGACAGUGUGACUUUGAAUAAGCUUUCAAAGACAUCCCCUAAAACGAGAUCCAUAAUCGAAAGUAUUGAAAUAGAAGAAGAAAGUAAAGAUUCAAGGUUGAAAGAAUUUCCUGAGAGUCUCUCAAACCUGGAUACGAAUUCCAAAGAUAAGGUUAAAAUCCCCACGAUAGGAUCUCGGGAUUCCCCAAGGAACAAUGAUAAUUCUUCUAUCGCUACAGCGUUUUCCAGGCGCUCAGAUGUUUCUGAAACAAUUUCAGAAGCAGUUAAAUCCGUGAACGAGACUUCCUCUAAAAAAAGCGAUGAAAAAUCGUACGAACCAGAAGUGAAGAUGGCUGAGGACAAUGUCCCGUUAUCGAAUAGCGAUAAUAAAGAAACGACGAUAGAAGAAGUUAUCAGGCUAAUCGAAGAAAAAAGCGAAAUCACCUCUGAACAAUCAAAGACGAUGAACAAGGACAUUUCCAUGGAGAAGAUUUCCUUCAAAGAAGAACAGAAGACUAGAUACGAAGAUGACACUUUCGAAGAAGCUUCUAGUUCCAUUGAAUCAUCUAGUUCUGUUGAACAGAAGCUGGAGAAGAGCUCGGUAGAGGAUACUGUGAUUUCUGGGGUGAAACAUAUUAAGAUUACUCCACACAGGCAGACAGAGAAUGUUCAGAAGACGGUGGUCGACGAAGAUAGAGACAAAGAAAUCGUGGAAUUGAUCGCGCCAAAAAUAAUGCAUAGUACCAGCGAGUGUGAUAUUGGCCUCGACGAGGAGUUAUCGAAUUACGUGAAGAGAACAGAGAACAUGGACGAAGCAGGGCCGAUCAAUCUUCUGAAGCUACCUAAACAAGUAACUCCAACGCGGAGGCACGUUCGUCGAAAAAAGUACCGGAAGUUGCCUAAUGAAAACACAGAGGAGAAAACUGACUCGACUUCUGAACACGAAAGAUUAACAGAACGUAAGGAAAACAGCCAAGAGUCCAUGACAUCCAUAAAAAGUGAAAAGGAUCCGAAGGAAACUUCCUUACCAACGGAGUACGACAGAGGAGAAUUUAUUAACAGAAUAGAAACUGGAAAGUCAAGAACUGAGAUAGAAGAUGGCAGUUCGAAAACGAAUUUCAGUGAAGAGAAACUUCUAAGAGAAACUCCAAAACAGUCUGAUGUUACCUGUACUUUAAGAAAAUUGAAUAAAGAUGCAAUUAAUGCCAUAGUUAGGAGAAGUAGGGUUCAAACCCCAGUAGAAGCUUUAAGUAGCCCAAAUAAACCUAGACCUUGUAAAAAUUGUGGAACUAUAACGAAACUUCCAGUUGUAGAUGCUGUAGAUUAUGACAGUGACGCUUCAUCUCUAGAAAAAUUUAAGACGGGCAAGGAGACUAAUUGUGAUCAAAGAGUUAAACAGAAGAAGACUAAAUGUAAGAAAGUUUCGAGGUCAUCGAAAAAUCGAAAAUCACCAAAUUGUAACAAAGUAGAGGGGAAGUACUCGAGAUUCGAAUGCAGACAAAUGCAUAAUCUGCGGAAGCACGCAGCAAUACUCAGAUUGCAACAAGAACGCGAGGACAUCCGUAAUUACUUGCUGGAGCUGGAAGGCACGCGAUUAGAAUUUGGUCCAGGCAUGACGUCGUCUAAAUUAUCCGUCUUCAAACCGCUUGAAUUUCCAAAAAUCGCAGCAUUUGUAAAGCCUGAUGAGGAGGAUUCAAUAUUUAAGGCCAGAGGUGGGCUUGCCGAAUUACAGAAAAGAAUACUGAUGAUAAAGCAGUGCCUGAAGGAUCAAUACAUUCUUUACAGGGAUUACAGUAGUUUAGCACAGACAGUGAACUCAAAAUAUAUUCCUGCCAGCCUGGAGGAUGCAAAGAGGACGAUUCGCCAGUUACAGAGAGCAACGAUUAAGAGCAGGUGACCGGUCGUUUCUACGAACCUCAUGACAAGAACCGACCAGGCACGUGCAACGUGAUUCUUCUACCAGAGUGAACGGUGUUGUUCCGCGCAGUACUGUGUACUGUGUAUUAUACUUCCUCUGUGAUGGUUGUGCGUCGACUUUUGCUUCGUAUUAUUGUACUAGUUUUGUGAAAUAAAUUUGUCUUGGAAGUGAUCCCAUGCUCAUUGUUAUUUUAAGUUAGGCGAUUCCAAUGAAAUUUAAUGGAUAACUACAAUUGGGAGUACAAGGGCCGACUCAAAGAAAGUUUCAAAUUAACAAUGAAAUUAUAUUUGAAUUUAAUUCUUGCGCUAGAAGUGAUUCACAACAGUUUAGACUAAGUUAUUUAACUACAAAGUAUUUUACUUUAGUUCUAUUCUAUAUUUUGUGUAAUAAAGUUGAUCGAAAUCCAAAUAAAUCCAAAGAAAUCCAAAGAAAUAGGUAACUAAAACUCAAAACUUGUAACUUCUAAUAGAGAGAAUAACAAAACAAAAAGUGCAUUACUUAAAUAACCCAACUGAAAUCUAAUCUAAACUUUGUAAUCCCCAAUGAAUCAACAAUACUAAUUAUAGCUUAUCUUCAAACAAUUCAGGAAUAAAUCGAAAUCGCCCAUUUCAUUCUACAUAAAAUUCCCAUUCACUCUCACAAUAAAACAGAUUUUAAAUCAAUACCAGCCAUCAAUCAUAACUUCAAAGAUUGUUUCAAAAUUCCAUUGUAAUCGAGUCUAUCCAUCAUAGCGCGCUCGAUCUAAAAAAUUUGCAGCUUCCACACAAAAGCGUUGAAACAUCCAGCCGGCAUCUCAGCGAAUCGAUACCACUAUAUCAUGUUGAAAAGGGUCCGGAGAGAGAAGGGCAGACCCUACGCAGCCAUCCACGCUUUGGAGCGUGUGUACGCGUGCGUGUUGCACGCGCACGUGCAGGAGAAGCUCGAAUGAGCGGCGGUGAUGCCGGCGUUCUUUCAUUGACGUGCUGUUCGCUAUAUCCUGUAUUCUUCAGUCCCGAGCGAGCCUCUGCACGCUCGUGAUCACGGAUUUUGUGUUGGUGGUUCCUCUUGAGCAAAACAUUCGAGAACUUAUAAUUUUUGACAGUGACUGAAAAAUAUUUCAAAAUAAAAUAAAUCAUACUUUAGAAGAAUUUGGUGAUUGAAGUUGGAUGACAUCUACGGUUUCCUUCAGAUUGGCCAAUUGCAAUCUUUGUUCUCCGAAGACCCAAGGACGCACUUUCCCUGCUCACAUGGCGGAACUAUUUUUAGAAUAUGGCUGGUAAAAGGAGGAAAGGGCAGCGAGAACACGGUUUGACGAAGCGUUUACUUCGAUUUUCUCCCUUUAACUUGUUGUUUUGUCCGUCUGUCGCCUUCAGGCUAGUCUUUCAUUCGACUGAGCCGCCUUUAUCCUUCUCCGUCGACUGCUGACUAUUUUCGUGCCAGAAACGAAUGCAGCGUCACGGCGCCAGCGUCCGGCUCCCUAGCCAAACAAGAGAAAAUUGUACAAAUCGCGGCGACGUGUAUUUGCAUCGUAAAGUCGCCUCCAAGACAACGCCGCCUUGACUUGACCCUGUACAUAAGGUGUAUAUCAGACUAUGUAUAGGCAAACCCUCAAGGCCUAACUUAUUUUGGUCUCCAGUUUCGUAUUGAUAGAAAACGAGGCCUUUUUAAACUUGGUUACUCACUUAACAAUCAUUUCUCUAGACUAAUUCUAUUAUUAUUACUAAUACUUCUAUUUAAUCCUUCUAUAAUUACUCUAAAAAACAAUUAAUUUGAGAAUUAGAAUCCCUAAAGUAAAGUUAGAUUCACUGUAAACAAAAAAGGAGAACUUUUGUUAAGGAGGAACAGGAAUUAAACUGAUGCUUGAUAAUAAAACUAUGACUCGCGAUUCUGUGGCUUCCCCAUGGUAAACGAAACGAGGCGGAAAUUGAUGGAAAGUCAUUGACAAUGAGUCACUGGCUCCGCUUCAAGGGCUAGGGACGCGGGGGUGCGGAUAAUGUCAUCGCUAGAAUUAAUUUAGUGGUCAUCGGGGUGAACAACCUAGAACAUCAGCUCUGUUUGGCCAAAAAAAUGUUCGUUAAAACAUCUGGAAGCGAUGACGCACUCGAACCUUGAUUAAAAAAGCGCUUCAUCAAAGAAUCUGCGCGUCUUCUUCGCUAAUUACAUUUUUCUGUCCAUCAUAACCUCGAAAUUCAAACCAAAUGGUGUUUCUUGUGUUUUUCUUCUAGUUACAGAUUUUUAUUCCUUUAUGUAUUUAUUAUACUUAUGUAUUUAUGUAUUUAUGUAUUUAUGUAUUUAUUAAGGUGUCCAUGAUUAUUGGAAUAUCAUGUAUGAUGAUCAUGAGGAAAACUUUGUAUGAUAUUAAAUAUGGUCUUGAUUCAAUGAUAAUUAUCUUUUUUCUGAUCAAUAAAGUUUGACUUCUUUUAUCCUGUUUCUUUUUAUGCGUGAGGAUUCGUCAGGUGGUCUUCUCGCUCUUGAUGGCCUCUCGCUUUUAUACCGGAUCACCUUGGGCGAGGAAACCCCUCCCUCAGUUGACUUCAUCUCUGCUAGUGUCCACACGACGCUCGAAUCUCUUUUAAAGGACGAUAAACGCGCUCAUGGUUACCUGAUGCACACCUUGGACAUGUGAUGCCACUCCUCCUGACCCCAAUUUGCGUCCAUUUUUCGUCAUCUGCAAGGAUCACCGAUGUUAGACGCUUUUUUUAGCGGUUAGGGUAACUAAUCUUACCUAGUGCGUGCGUGAGGUCGAUAUGCUCCUUCCGGAA